AUGAUGCUGGUCUCGGAACUCCGGUUCCUCUUGUUCCUACUCUUUCUAGCGUGCCACACUCCUCCAGGUGAUGGCAAUGAAGGUAGCAUCGCUGGCAGUUGUCCCUGUGAUAGAAGAAUUUCUUCCCACUCCCCUCUUAACGAUCAAUACAUGGGACAUCUCCGAAAAUACCUGAAAGUCUAUCAACGUUGCUCUUCCUACGUCAGGUUCCAGCUACCCUUGGGAAGUGUGUGUGGAGGCAGCAGUGACCGGUGGGUCCAGGAACUGAUGCGCUGCUUUGAUCGUGAAGAAUGUGGACGUGCUCACGCCAGGAGUGUGGCCCGCCAGGGACAUGCACCUCCCCGCAGCACCCAGGUUCCUGAGCCCACAGAAAAGACACCUUCAGCCACGGGCACCCCCGCACAGAAGUACCUGCCAUCCACCCUGCAGCCUACCCAGCAGCCCACCACUCCAGAAGGAGCACCUUCGCUGGACCAAAAGCUCAUCCACACCAAUGAGACUACCACUUACACUUUGGGCCACCGUCUGGGGGCAAGGCCUGGGGCCAGGGGGAACCAGAGGCAGCUGGGAGAGAAUGUGGGUCCUGCAGCUGGGACAUCAGCCAUGGUGCCAGUGCUGUCCCUCUUGGGCAUCGUUUUCCUCCUCACUGGAGCCCUGCUCUACAUGCUGUGCAAGAAGAGGAGGGAGCAGUCACUGCAGUGUCCUCCAGAUUUGCACCUUCAUUAUGUGCACGUGGCAGCAGACGCCAAUGCUUAA